AUGUUGAUGAAGACAGCCGUGACGGCCCUCUUGGGUCUGGCCAUCGCCACUGAGGCGGCUACGGUCCAUCAGUACAGGUCACUCAACUCUCUGGAGGCACGCCAGAACAGGGGGGGUAACCGAGGGGGCGGCGGUGGCGGCCAGAACAACGGCCAGAACGGGGGAAACAACAACGGAGGCAACGGCGGCGGUAACAAUAACAAUGGCGGCAACAACAACAACGGGGCCACCGAAACCUGCCUGAACGCCAAUGCUGUCCAAACCGGUUCGGCUUCGACGGGCCAGAGCGGGGCAGCGGCGGAUGGCCAGGUCGAUUCUGCCACUGACAAUGCCAACUUCAUCAACUUCUGCUCUGGCGACACUCUCACCAACGGUUUACAGAACCGUGAUGGCUCCUGCAACGGUAUCCCGAUGGGCAAAAUCCCCGCGGUCAACAAGAUGGUCUCAUCGGUCAUUACCAACCCGCAGAACGGUGACGACCUUGCAGCGCUCACCACCUUCAACGUCAACGUCAACAUCGCCAACAUGGAACUCGGCUCUUUCACCAACGCCACAAGCACGUACUACUCGGCGCCUCAGGACCUCAACGGAAACGGGCAGAUUGUGGGCCAUACUCACGUCACGGUCCAGGACACUGGCAACACCAUGAACCCCACUCAGCCUCUCGACGCUACCCAGUUUGCCUUCUUCAAGGGCAUCAACGAUGCCGGCAACGGCCAAGGCCAGCUGAGUGCCGAGGUUACUGGUGGUCUCCCUGCGGGUUGCUAUCGCGUUUGCACCAUGUCCAGUUCCUCCAACCAUCAACCCGUUCUGAUGCCCGUCGCUCAGCGUGGUGCGCAGGAUGACUGCCGCUACUUCAGCGUCGGCGGAGCCUGUAACAAUGGCGGUGGCAACAACAACAACAACGGCGGUAACAACAACAACGGCGGUAACAACAACAACGGCGGUAACAACAACAACGGCGGCGGCAACAACAAUGGCGGCGGCAACAACAAUGGCGGCGGCAACGGCCAGAACGGUCAGAACGGUCAGAACGGCCAGAAUGGUCAAAACGGCCAGAAUGGUCAAAACGGCCAAGGCCAGAAUGGUCAGAAUAACGCUGGUGCCGCUGGCGGCGGUGGUGCCAUUGGUGGUGCAGCACCGGCGGUUCAAAACUCCGGUGAUGCCGCUCGCCCGUUUAGCGUCAACGGCGACACCUUUGUCAAUAAGGCCGCCGCCGUCCAGCGUGCAUGCGCCAUCCAGAACAACGCUUGUGCUAACGCAGUGAACAGUGGGCAAGCGCAGGGCACUUCAGUGAGUGACUGUAACAAACAGGAGGCUGCUUGUCGGGCAGCUGGGGGCGCCUAA